AACAGCAACAACUACAACUUCACAACAUGAACUUUGCCUCAUUUCUCUUUUGACUUUCGGGCAGAGAGGAAAAAACAAGGAAAAACGUCCAAGCGCACAAAAUGAAGUCAAGUUGAAGUUGAAGUGUUCAUCCGUAGUGUGUGUGUGUGUGCUAGUGUGUCACUGUGUCUGUGUGUUAGUGAGUGCUCACCCUAAUCAAACGAAAAGCACAAAAUAAAGGCAAAUGGCGUCACGUGCUGACAGCAGCAGAAGCAGCAGCCGAAGCCGAAGCAGUGACUGCGACUGCGGCAACAAGCAAAACAACGACAACUUUAAUGCCCGAGUGUAUUUAAAUGCAACACAAACAAUUGUUUAAAGUUGUCGUCGAAGUGAAAUCACAAAUUCAACUAGAGGCCAACCAAUAUUAACUAACGCUGAAUGCCUGCAGAAAUAGUUAUUUUCAAACAUAAACAGACACAACAACAGCGACAGCGGCAGAGGGAAUUGCAAGCAAACCAACAACAAAAUUGCCAUCUCAAUUUAUGCCCGACUUUGCCAAGCAGCGGCGUCGACGUCGACGCAAUUGCUGUACGUAACACAAGUAAUGCUGUCGCUGCCCAGGUCGACGUCGACGCCGCAGCAGCAGCAACGACAGCAUGGCGAAGAAGAAAAAGUCAGUGGCGCAGCAGCAGCAGCGCCAAAGCGGCGUCAACAUUGCGAACAGUUAUUAUAAUAAUGGCGGUAGUUUUUAGCAUAAUGCAACAGCGGCAACAACAGCAGCAACAACAACAGCAACAGCAAUGGCUAUUCUAUAAUGGUCUCGUGAUGGCGGUGGCAGGAGAACUCUACAACACAAACAGCAGCAGCAACGACAGCAACGACUACUACAAGAACAAAGACAUGUCGCUAAGACAGGCGGAAGACUUUGGCGGUGAUGACGUGCCGACUACUUUGUCUUUGUCUGCCACUGCCACAGCCUCAGUCACUGUGGCUGAGUCUGUGGCUGCGUCGUUGCCACAAACGGAAGCCACGAAUCACACUUUCAAGAGUUUAGCCUUCCUGGCCAACACCAACACCAACACCACCAAUGCCAACAACGUGCUGCUCAGCAGCGGCUAUUCCCCAUCGCCGUAUGCACCGCAUUCACCGUCGUCCGAUGGCUUUGCGGUGGCAUCGCAGGAAACGGAAACGGACUCUGAACAUUCCAUGCCAAUUUUUGACUUUGGCAUGCCGCGCAACAUCACCGGACGCACCGGGCACACGGAGGCCAUAAUUAAAUGCCGCGUCGACAGUCUGCAUGAUAAAUCGGUAUCGUGGAUACGCAAACGGGAUCUACACAUAUUGACUGUCGGCACUGCAACCUACACCUCCGAUAAGAGAUUCCAGGUGACUGAAUCGAAGGACGCCCGCGAAUGGACGCUGCACGUGAAAUCGCCGCAGGCCAAGGACAGUGGCAUUUAUGAAUGCCAGGUGAACACUGAGCCCAAAAUGUCGAUGGCCUUUCAGUUGAAUAUCAUUGAGAUCUCGCCCGAUGCCAAGGCCAUCAUUAGUGGACCACACGAUCUGCACUUCAAAUCGGGCAGCGCCAUUAUCCUCAACUGUGUGGUCAAACAGCCUUCGGUGAAGGACAUUGGACCCAUCUAUUGGUAUCGUGGCGAGCACAUGAUAACGCCCUUCGACUCUGAUGUGAGUGAUGCCGACAAUCAGAUCAAGGAGACGGGGCAAGGACCUCGCAAGGAGCAGUCUACUGACCAAACUCUCGAACAAUCGCUGAACGAAGUCCUGAGCACAGAGCUGGCCAAGGAUUUUACCACACGCAUUGCGAUGGAGUCACAAUUGGGCGAUACGCUCAAGUCGAGAUUGCGCAUCUCGAAUGCUCAGACAACGGACACCGGCAACUACACGUGUCAACCGACAACUGCGAGCAGCGCCAGCGUCAUGGUUCAUGUUAUCAAUGAUGAAAAUCCCGCUGCGAUGCAAAAGAGCUCGGCUGGCACUUUGGCUUUGUUUGGCCAACACAUACAAACAAGGAUGUUGAUGCUGUUGGCUGCUUUGGCUGUGGCUGCUGCUCUCGGCACUACAAUGGGACAAGUAUUAGCUGGAAAUCGCACUCAUUAUUAG